AUGGGAGGCUUCGAGGGUCAUCUGUACCCAGGACUUUCUCUCUUCUUCUAUGGGCUUUAUCACGCACGACUCGUUUAUAGGGCCUUGAUAUGCAACUGCCCCGUUCAGUAUGCGCCACGCUGUCCCUGGAGCAAAGGAAGAUGGGCCAGGCUGCAGCAAAUAUACUAUGUUGGGUUGGUGAAGAUACUGAGCGCCUGCAUUCUAGUAGCCCAAGAGCUGCACAGUAUUCCUGGGCAUUUUGUACUCAUCACCAAUAUGUACUAUCAGAAAAACUUUCUGUACCGCAAGCAGUGGCAGCAUCUCACUAUGUAUAUGACCUUCUUCCUGAGCGGGUGUGCGGAUGUGGUGAGCCAGAACCUGCUGCCCCAGAGGUGCGCCGCUCUGGAGCAAGGGGCCCAAGCUGUGGGUGUGUUGAUGCUUCUGCUCCUGAUGGUGUCUCACAUGCAGGACACAGAAGGAGUGGAGCUGCAAUCUCAUAUCCUGCUCACCCAGGCCAUCUUCCUGCUGCUGUUCGUGGUCAUCGCAGAGCUGUGGGCUCCCAACAUGCCACAGCUCUGGCUGCUGAAGGCCUUUUUGUAUAUGAUGAUUGGCUCUUGGCUGAUGCAGAUUGGCUUUAUGCUGUACAAACCAAUCUCGGGCUAUCCAUGGAUGGACAACGACAAAAACGACAUUAUAUUUGUCACCACCUUCUUCUGCUGGCAUGUGGCUUUCAUUGCCAUGGUCAUGGUCUGGGUCUAUGGCUUCUCCUUUUGGUGGUAUCGUUACGUUUGUUGA